GAGUGCUGCUGGAGGCGGAAGAAAGAGAAAACCCAAAAACAAACCCUAAGCUACGCGUCUUGCCGUCUUCGACAUCUUCCUUAAUUCUUCCUCUUCGACAUCUUCGUGACCUUCGUCUCCAGUCCAGUCCGUUCCUCGUUCCUCCGGCUCCUUCCUCCGGCUCCUUCCUCCGUUCCUCGUCCAGUCCGCCAGCCACUGACUGCAAUUCAAGUUGACAAGUUGCUUCGUCUUCGACUUCGAUAAUCGAUCCGCAAAUCGCAAUCCAGGCUCCAGCAAAUCAGCAAUCGACGCUUCCUCUUCCUCUUCAAGUUGCUUUAGACUUCAGUACACUUCGUCUUCUUUCUCAAGCCCAAGUGAGUAACAAUGGUUAGGAUUAGUGUGCUGAAUGAUGCUCUCAAGACAAUGUACAAUGCUGAGAAGCGAGGGAAGCGCCAAGUUCUGAUUAGGCCCUCAUCCAAAGUCAUCAUCAAGUUUCUACUUGUCAUGCAAAAGCAUGGUUACAUCGGUGAGUUCGAGUAUGUUGAUGACCAUCGUUCUGGAAAGACCUUCGAUGGGUGCCGGAGUUUGAGGUUCGUCGGGAUUAGAAGAUGGAAGUGAAGAGUUUCCGACAUCUAUGUUUUGGAUGAAUGAUGAUGAAAAGAAAUCAUUUUGCCAAACCAUAAAAAAUGAUGAUGAAAUUGAGCCGUAAAAGAACAUAUUUAUAAUUUUGUGUCGCUUUUGGAAAUAUUUUGUGAACUUGUUUGUUCGAUACUUUUUAGACGUAAUGAUGUAUAGGUGAAUAUUUGGUUGCACUAGUUUAUGGAAGAAUUGAUCCUUAGUUUUUGAUAUAACAAGUUAAUCGUGUAAAUUUCUUAACUAUAAUAUUUGUAAUCAAAUUUCUAAUUACAUCUUAUGCUAUCAAUUAUUAA